AAGAAUCGUUUCACAUUUUCGACGGCUUCCCACCCACUUGACUACGCCACCAAGACCAUGCAAUUGGGUGCUUAAACAAUCAAAUUCUAAUUUGAGUUUGUCUUCACCCUCCACAUGAUUUGAUUGACCCCCACUGGACUCGUCUUCUACGAACUCCAUGUCUGCAACUUCCUGUAAGAAAUUUUGGUUCUGAAAUUGAAGAAAAAAACAGAGUUAUGGGGAGGAUCGCAGCACUGCCCAUUGUUGGGAUGGUGUUGGCUGAGUGUGCACAAGCUGGGCUAAUUAUAAUAAGCAAAAUAGCCAUGUCGAAUGGCAUGAGCAACCUCAUCUUCCUCUGCUACUCCAACGCCCUCGCCGCCCUCAUCCUCCUCCCAAUUUCUCUAGUCUUCCACAGAUCUGAGCGUCCUCCUCUCACUAUCUCGAUAAUCGGAUGGUUCUUCUUGCUUGGUCUAAUUGGAUUCAUGGCGCAGUUUCUUGGGUAUGCUGGGAUUAAUUAUAGUUCUCCUACUCUGAGUACAGCUAUGCUCAACCUCAUUCCAGCUUUUACCUUUGUACUUGCAGUUAUCUUCAGAAUGGAAAGAAUUGACAUGAGAAGCUUCAGUAGCCUAGCUAAAACAUUGGGAACAAUAGUUUCAAUUUCAGGGGCUUUCAUUGUGACUCUUUACAAGGGACCCCCAAUUCUGAAGACAUCCUCAACUGUUAUGACUGAUGUGUUGUCUCAUAAACAACUUAUCUCAGAACGGUCAAACUGGGUACUUGGAGGAGUGUGUGUAGCGGCUAAUUGCGUGUUGGCCUCAGCUUGGAUUAUCGUACAGGCAUCAGUCCUAAAGAAAUACCGCGCCGAGCUGAUCAUGGUCUUUUAUUAUUGCUUCUUUGUUGCUAUUCAAUCUGUAGUAGUCUCUUCAAUUUUAGAAAGAGACCUGCGUUCGUGGGAAUUAACUCCUAAAAUCAGGUGGAUCGCUGUUCUAUACUCGGCAGUGUUUGGCUCUGCAUUCCAGGUUGGUGUAUCUACUUGGUGCCUUAGAAGGACAGGGCCUGUUUUUGUAGCUAUGUUCAAGCCUUUGGGGAUUAUCGUUACAGUUUUCAUUGGUGUUACCUUCUUAGGGGAUACUUUCUACCUUGGGAGUUUGAUAGGAGCAAUUGUUAUUGUCAUUGGAUUUUAUUCUGUGAUGUGGGGCAAAGCCAACGAAGAGAAGAUGGAUGAGGAUGCAGGGGAAGAGAGCCUGGCAUCAAUCAAACAGCAGGUCCCUCUAUUGCAAAGCCACAUUGAAGAAAUAUAGAAGUUUUUUUUUCAGUUGAUCACCCUGUGAGGUCUCUCUUGCCAAACAAAAUGGUAAUCUCUGUUGCUUUUGUCAGUUCUUUUAGAAUGUUACCCUUUCCUUGAUCCCCGAAAACUGGGAUAUGUUAUUGUGGGAAUUGGUUUGCUCAGGCUGUGACUAGUGAGCAUAAGUCACCCUACGUAAUGCAGGUGCAAUGAAGAUCCAUUUGUUAUUGGAAUCAUAUAUGCAUUGAUUCAAACACAGUGUGUUGGUGUAAACUGAGCAUAGCUGCAAAUUCGCUGCAAAGGUGAGUUGCCAUGAGAAGCAUGCCAUGCCCAUUGGCACUGAUACUAACGAAAUAUUAUGACUCCCCUGUUUCAGUUUAUAUAUUGCCCAAGAGAGUAGAAAUCUCAAAAGACAAUGCAAACUCAUGUAUCUUACAUUAGCUGUCUCCUCCUGCAAUGAGGAGCCAGUUUUCUUGCCUGGCCGUUGAUCAACCUUUUGAGCUACUAAAGCGUUUGUGAAUAAUUUGUAGAGUUUCUAUGUAUUUUCUAUUGUCAACGCACUGGUAUCGUACUUAAACUUUGACAAUUUUCCAAUGAGUUGCAGAUAUGUUUGAUGUUUUCCUGCAUAGAUAUUCUUAAGAAAGUUUGCUUGUUAGUUUUGUUAAGUCUUCUUCAUAACAUGCGCUGAUCUGACGGAAAAGGUUUGCGAAGAGGAUAUUAAACAGGAAAUAACAGUUGAUUUUCCAUGGAUAAUGUAGGGUCAUCAUGGACAUGGGGAGCAUGAUCACAGAUAUCAGCAGCAGGAGUUGAACAUUGAGUUUGCAGGGUCAAAGCUGUCUUAAGAUAACCACAACAUAACGUGCAUGUGAAAGGGAGCUCCUUAUUUGGAAAUGAAUGGAUGUAUGGCAAAGGCCAAAGUUAUUGAAGUUCUAUAUUUGAUUGUUUACACUCGUUAAUCAAAUAAAAUAUGAAGAUUGUAUAAUCUUAUACCAUUACUCUGAUUAAUGACUAGUAGUGUGUGCA